GGGGUGCGGGCGGCUGGUGGCGUUCUGGUUAACACGCGUCUAUUCUUCUGUGCGCGGAGCCGGUAGCCUCCCGUGCUCCCACAGGACCUUGUCUGACAUCCGAGGUUUUUCCUCUCGUCCUGACCCGCUGCUGAUUUACAGCGGGUGGCGUUCGGUCCGGCUUGCCCGUGCACUUUUCCUCUCAAAACUCUGUCUUUGAGGCUGUAAGCGAAAUAAAAGGCGGUUCGCAAUUUUGUGCGCAGUGAUGUUCCGUUAAAAAAUGUCACUUAGUCGUCCAGCAUCCUCAGAAUAUCCCGGCAGGGUUUGUUGGUUGGUUUGUUUUUGUCUGAAAUUUGGAAGCCCGGGGGGGAAAGAGCUGAAAAAGAGUGAGACUUUUAAACUUCACGCAGCGUUUGACAUGUGAAAUCUUCAUCUGUUGAGAAAUAAUUUUGUGUAACCAGAUGGGCUUAUUUCAAAUGGGCAUCUUUUUGUCUCAAAGACGUCUGCAAAUCUCCACUGAGAACACCCCUGGAUGAGGUUGUCUGCUGGAUGCUGGGGAGUGUCACAUAGGAGCCAUUGGCCCACAAAUUGGAGCAGUCCAGUCCUUAUCCUGCUAGUGUGCAAACGGAUUUCCUCCGAUGCGUUUUUUCAUCCCCCAAGUAUCUCUGAAACCAACAAGACUGGGGUUAUGAAGUCAAUUCUAGAUGGCCUCGCAGAUACAACUUUUCGAACAAUCACGACAGAUCUCCUUUACGUGGGCUCCAACGAUAUCCAGUACGAAGACAUGAAAGGCGACAUGGCAUCCAAGCUGGGGUACUACCCCCAGAAGUUCCCUCUUUCUUCCUUCAGGGGUGAUCCUUUCCAAGAAAAAAUGACUGGAGGAGAUGAUUCCCUGUUGAGCAUUAUUCCCUCAGAGCAGGUCAACAUCACAGAGUUUUACAACAAGUCCCUGUCCACUUUUAAGGAUAAUGAGGAGAAUAUACAGUGCGGGGAGAACUUUAUGGAUAUGGAGUGUUUCAUGAUCCUGAACCCCAGCCAGCAGCUGGCCAUCGCCGUGCUGUCACUCACCCUGGGCACCUUCACAGUCCUAGAGAACCUCCUCGUCCUGUGUGUCAUCCUCCACUCCCGAAGCCUCCGGUGUAGACCCUCCUACCAUUUCAUCGGCAGCCUGGCUGUGGCCGACCUCCUGGGCAGCGUGAUUUUUGUCUACAGUUUUGUGGAUUUCCAUGUUUUCCACCGGAAGGAUAGCCCCAACGUCUUCUUGUUCAAACUGGGUGGAGUUACAGCCUCCUUCACCGCCUCUGUAGGUAGCCUUUUCCUCACGGCAAUAGACCGGUACAUCUCUAUACACAGGCCGCUAGCGUACAAAAGGAUUGUUACCCGACCAAAGGCUGUCGUAGCAUUUUGUGUGAUGUGGACCAUCGCCAUCGUAAUAGCCGUUCUUCCUCUGCUCGGCUGGAACUGCAAAAAGCUCAAUUCUGUUUGUUCGGACAUAUUCCCCCUCAUCGAUGAGACGUACCUGAUGUUCUGGAUCGGGGUCACCAGCGUCCUCUUGUUGUUCAUUGUCUAUGCCUACAUGUACAUUCUGUGGAAGGCUCACAGCCACGCUGUUCGCAUGUUGCAGCGAGGCACGCAGAAAAGCAUAAUCAUUCAGUCGACAGAGGAUGGUAAGGUACAGAUCACUAGGCCCGAUCAAACUCGUAUGGACAUCAGGUUAGCCAAAACCUUGGUCCUUAUCCUAGUUGUUUUAAUCAUAUGCUGGGGCCCUCUCCUCGCCAUCAUGGUGUACGAUGUCUUUGGGAAAAUGAACAAGCUGAUCAAGACUAUCUUUGCCUUCUGUAGCAUGCUCUGUUUGCUGAAUUCAACAGUGAAUCCCAUCAUCUACGCUCUGAGGAGCAAGGACUUGCGACACGCCUUCCGCAGCAUGUUCCCCACCUGCGAAGGGACCGCGCAGCCCCUGGAUAACAGCAUGGAGUCUGACUGCCAGCACAAACACGCCAACAACGCGGGGAACGUGCACAGGGCUGCCGAGAGCUGCAUUAAGAGCACAGUUAAGAUUGCCAAAGUUACCAUGUCUGUCUCCACAGACACAACUGCUGAAGCGUUGUAAGUCAGAGACUUCUCAGCGUUGUGAGAAAAGAAAUUUAAGUUUAAAAAAAAAUAAAAAUUAAAAAAAAAAUCAACAACAGAGAAAACCAAACCCAUGGCUUAACGUGUUUGUACCCUCCUGUAAUAUUUUUUGGUUUGUCAUUGUAAGCUGAGCAAUGAUUGUGUUAAGAGCAUUACCGUCAGCCAGUUCUUCAGGUUUUACAAUUAGGGAUUCUAGCUAAAUUUUCACAAGUUUUUCUCAAAAGGUGUUUACUGAAUAAUAAUGUUUCCUGAAAGAGCACAGAGAAAAUACCAGAUUAGCAAUCAUUCCUUUGGGGGUGUGAAGAAUUGUGAAACCUAAUUGAAAAAUAACACAUCCUAAACCAAUACCAUCAGAUAAGAAAAAACGCCUUGUAAUCAUGCUGUUCAUUUCAAUGUGAAAUGUAUUUCAUGUCUGUAAGUAAUAGGAGUUUCUGAUCUUUUCCAAAAGCAGUGCUGAGUUUAGAGGUUUUGUAAAACGUGUCGUGUCCUGUGAAUUGUGUGCUGUUUUAUUAUGUGUUAUUGAUAUUUGUCUGAUUAAACAAAGUGAUAAGGUAGAAUUCCGUGGAAAUAACGUGAAAUGUGAUAUGUAAACCCCAUUGAAAACACUUACUGUAUUUGAAGAAUUCCUAUGAGAUAUUUUGGAAAUUUUACACUUUUAGUGGUCUUCUGUGGACUUAGAGGAGAGGCUUUGUGUUCUUCUACUAAAAUUAUUUCCCCACUACCUUUUACUUUCACAUGCAUAUGAGACUAACAGCAACAGAGGAAUAGAGGAGGAAUGUGAGAAAGCAAUGCACUGGUUCAGACUUUUAAAUACCACUGCGUUUAUACAGAAGGAUGUUUAUGGUUGCACAGACUACUGCCCUGCUCUUGGGCGUUGCGUGAAUACGAACACUGAAAAGCAAGGGUCCUGGAUUUUGGCUCCUUUAGUGGGCAUCUGGUUUUAAGCCAUGUGCUGGUUUUGGACCACUGAAGACAGCAUGUGUCAGACUCAAUGUGCGAUGUUAUCACUGUGCAGUCGACGUAUACUUGAAGUGUGUCACAUUCCUGUAUCCCAGGUCUAAGCAGAUUCAGAGCCUGAGAUGCCAAACUCUCGUCUUCGCUAAAAGAGGAGGAAAUAUUGUCAGACAUUUUCUUAUUUUGUGAGCGUGUAUAUAAAUAAAUAUCUCCGUGUGUGUAUGUGUGUGUGUGUGUGUGUGUGUAUGUGUGUGUGUGUAAGUAUACUAACCGGUGUGAGUCAUGGUAGCGUAGCUAAGAUAGGACACUAUGACCAAAUGUAACUGUAUUUCUUGUUGCACGCUUUGCACACGAAUUCUGUUUCUAAAAUUGAGUUCUUCCAAUUGAUUACUGGUGAAAGUACCGUAUUAAGAACAUCUCGAUCCACGCUGAGAUGUGUAUCCAUGUGCUAGAGGAAGCAACCUUUCAGUUGCACUUGAGAAUAAAGGGAAAUGAGAGGCAGAGAGCAUGGAAUGAGCCCACACUGACAUGCUGUGGCUGUUGAUGGUGUUCCUGAAGGCUGAGAAAGCCAGGAAUAAAUGGUAGUUUGUUUUAAGGCUGUGAGUAUUCAAAUCCAAUGGCUUGCAAUGAGGUGCAAGCUCUCUGAAACCACUGACAAGGUUUGACACUACCAGGAAGAAGUUACUGAAGGAAAAUAGUGACUGUUCCAUGGUGGGACAGUUUCUGCAGCCUGGGACUGUCACAAGGAACAUGCUACCAGAUAGUCUUUGAGGCAUGGAUAUUCUGUGAUUCUGUUCUGAGUCAUAAGGUCUGGGAUCCUCUUCUCUGCUGCCUUGCUUUUUCAGACCGUUCCCUCACCCUUCUGGCUGAUUUCUGCCAAAAUAGCUGAAAAUGCAGCUUUAUUCCUUUAGCUGCUUGGCACUUGCUGCAAUAGGGGUGACUUUCUCCAUGGCAUGGGGCGAGUAGAGCCAAAUCCAUACUGCCCUGCCCCUCAUCCUUGUGCUUAGGUAGGGAGAGAGAGGGGGUGACAGCCCUGGCUCUCUGGCUCCCUUAGUGCAGGCCAGAGCAGCCGGCUGAACGAGCACCCAGCCCCUUUCAGCCGUGGCUCUGUGCAAGUGGCUCCAAGUUUAGGCUUGAUGAGGGGUGGCAUGUUUUAAGAUAAGAUUGGAUCAGGUGAGGUGCUGAGCAACACCUGGAAGAGACGGGGGUACUUUCCUUCUCCACCCACCUCCCCUGCAGCUUACCUGUGUGAUGGGAGGGCACCACACUCUUGAGGGGCCCACUGCAGUCAGCCAAAACCAGUGGAUUGCAGAGAAUUGCCAGAGGAUGUCGUCCUCCUGAAAAGAUCUUACAUCUAGGUCUAGUCCAUCCUAAAGCAGACCUCUUGGCAGAGUGGGGGAAAGCCCAUUUGAAUUGUUAAGGGUAUUUUAAGAGCCAUUUUUGAAACUGUCUUCUUGUGAAUUAAAUGCAAACUUUGUGGAAUUUUGUUGUGCAUUCAAGUUCUAAAUUUUACGAUAAAUCAUGGGACAAUGGGGCUGUCUUGGCACUUAACUUGGUGCUUACUGAUAUAAUAAGAAAUAGCAUCCUGUGAAAUGUUAUCGUCUAUCAUCAGUAUCUUCAUUUGCAUAAUGAGUUUUUCUAAAGCUCUGGGAACUGCAUCGGUUCACUUAGAACCAUUUAUUAAAGAGUUGGCAACAAUUUCCUUACAUGUUGCACACUAAGUAGAGCUACUCUUUCAUUAGAAAAAUCUGCUGUCAUUCCAAGAUAAGCUGUACUUACAUUUCAGCUUUAGGUAUUCCUAAUUUGCAGUUGGCUACCUUCACUUAGUGAUAGCGCAGCCAAACGAUACUGUGUUCCACAGCCACCACACACCAUCAUCAUCACCACCAUCAUCAUCAUCGCUAGUUGCAGUUAAGUGUGUAUGUACCAACUCCAAGUGUCACGUAUCUACCGAGAAGACCAUCUGUGUCACACGUGUGCAGAGUUAGAUUCUCGACAGUCUAAUUGUAUAUUUGUAUGAUAUAAUCUCCUCAGUGCUGUGCAAUCACUACCCACAUCUUGCACUGGCCUUUGGAUGACAAUUUUAGUGUGUCUAUUGUGAGAUAGACAGCGCGUUCUACCUGCUGUUAUUUGGCUGAAUGUAUGUAAAUAAGUAAAAAAAAAAAAAAAAAAAAAAAAAAAAAAAAAAAAAAAAAAAGUCAUCUGUACAACCAGUGGCCUAAAAAGUCUGUAAUUGUGGACUAGGAAAAUUGUUGAAGUUGCUGUGACAUCUCAAAUACUACCUUUGAAUAAACUGUUUACAGGGUCUCUUGGGAUGCUGUUUCACAGUGAAAGGAAAAUUUUUCCUUGUGAUAAUAUGAGGUAAAAAAAUCGGAUUACCUGAGGUUUUUAUUUCCAGUGUUUCAAAGUGGAGAACAUAACUCUAUAUUGUCUGUAAAUCUAACAUUAUUACUUCCUCUUAGAAGAAUAUUGUAUCAUUAGAUGUUUGUUUGAGCUGGUAACAUUCUUGCAACUGUUGCAAUAUUUUUCAUUAGCGACCUGUAUAAUAGUUUGUACACAAGUACUGUUCAGAUUGUCAUGAAAAGUAGCUUUGACCAUUUACUUACCAGUAGCAGAAUAGUAUUUCUGUAAGAUUUCCAGUGUAUUCCUACCAUAUAAUAUUUUAUUUCUAUAAUGUAAUUAAACUGUUAUUUAUUCAAGGAGAAAAAGUAUUCCUCUGCUUUUUUGUUUUCCAAAUUUUGAGAUAACUGAGGAAGCCAUGUGAUGAUGCUGCCUCAUCCCACGAUCUGGUGCUCUACGUUUUGUUUAUAAGUUUGUCUGUCAGAUUCUGAAACAACUGCUUAAACAACUUGACAACAGGUUGUCAAGCUUUGUGGGUUUUAAUUGUACGUUGAUAUGCUUGAAGGAGGAGGUAGAUCAUGUAUUUUAUAUUUGUGUAUCCAGUACUAUGGAGACAAGAGAAACGACAGUUAAAACUGCAUCUCCUUCAUUAUGUAGGCAAUGUAGGCAAUUUCCCCUUUCCUCCCCUUUAUUAGCCAAAUGCAAUAAAUUCCUUUUGCCUUCCUCAGAUGCACGUUAGCUCGAAGAUGUGACAUUAAGACAAACUCAUGUAGUUGAGAAAAACAAAACACAAAAGAACAGAAGAGUGGAAUACAAAUUAAAACAGUGCGGCCAGCAGCAGUGACAACCUAAAUUAGUUAUAGGGGGUUGUAAAUGUAAUCAGGGAUGUGAGACAAACAAAGAGUUAGUCUAGUUUUGGCCAGUGCCAGUUGGGACAGAGUUGAUGGGUGUAGGGAGUGGAUGAUGAAGUGGUCCAGGAGGGAUUCAUCGAAGCUGUGCAGAGAGAGCAGGCUCAGCCGUGCCACUGCCUAUGAAUCACAUUAAAGUGCUCCCACUGCUGCUCAUCCACAUAUGGAAGGAAGGGUAGAAAAAGCCCACUAAAUGCUGUAGAAAGGUCCCUGCCUAUUUCAGAGGAUCAGUUUUCCAUAUGACUUAAUCUCAGAUUCAUGUUACUUGGGCAAUUUUCCUUCUUCACAUCUGUGGUUUGAAAACAUCCUUAGGGGAUAAAGUGAGCAUGUCACAGAAUCAUGGAAUUAGGUUGGAAAAGACCUCUAGGAUCAUCAAGUCCAAACAUGAACCUCACACUGCCAAGGCUUGGGAUCAUGGUUGUGUCACAAUAUUUUUACUUUUAAAAAUUGGGUCACUGGUGAAUUGGGAAAGUCUUGGCAAAGCAAAAGCAACUAGAAAUAAAAGAUUAGCUCUUACUGUAAUCUUUAGCUGCAUACUACAUUUAAAUGAAAUCUGAAUACUACUGCUAAAAGCUGUUACUUUCAAAGCAGCCAGGAGACAAUUCCCUCUGUAUUUCCAUGGUCAUUGGAAAACAAGGGUUAUGCUGCCACAAACCAACAGAUCCUCUUGACAGUAACAUCUCACUGUAUUUUUAAGUCUGUUCUGAACAGCACAAGAGGAAAUAAUGACAGCUUUCCAAGCAACUGCUUUCCCACACUAGCUUAGGAAACAUGCAGGCAAAAAGUGCCAUCAUAGUUUCAGCCAUUAGCAUCUCUUAUUGUCUCUGCUUUGCUGACAGCUGUUUUAAGAAGUCACAAUAUCAUCAUGCACACACAUCACCAAUAAAACAUCUUCAGUUUGUUUGGUUUAUUGGGUUAGGGUUUUUUAGUGCUUUGUCUUCAAUGAAAAUCCAGAUUUGGCUUGUAAAAUUAAAUCAUCACAUUGGGGAACAGUUUAUAAUAGAAGAGCAAAAAUAUUUUUUUCUGUGUUUAAGAAAGUAUAGGGUGGGGAGUAUAUCUAACUGUUUAGAAUAUAUGUCUUCCUCCAUUCUGGUUUUUUUCCAUUGGUCUUUUUAGGUAAUCAGUAUAAAGAAUUUUCUUUAAAUAGCAGCACAAAAUAUGAAGCAAAAUUGCCUUUUACAGAACUCCUUUAAGAUGAGCAGCCAUCUAAUACUGAUCUUUGAAGUUCAGUUAGGAGGAAAAGUGAUAAUAAACCCAAGGUAAUCUUAAUGAUGAGGUAUGACAUGUCCUGGUAUUGCUUUCCAAUAAAUCAUCUUUUGUAUUUAGAGCAGCAGUCACUUUAAUGCUAAAGCAUUUUAAGGUAUUGAAUCCUGUCUCCAUAAAGUCCCUCAGAAUUUUUAUUGACUUCAGCAGAAAUUGUAUCUUACCCCAGGUUUUUGGGCUAUCAGUGUGCAUUUGGAAAGUGCAAUUUUAUUCUCCAGUGUAUUUGCAUUUUCACUGACAUUAAAACAAAGAUGGGACAGAAUAGAUAACAGCCUCUAUGUUCAUUGGGGUUUUUUACCUCCAAGAAAAUCUAUUUUGAAUUUUGGUGGGUUAAUGCAGAAUCGUAAAGUCUGUCAGGAGUUCAAUGGACUUGUCAUGUGAGUGAAGGAAUUUAUUUACCCAUAUGUGUGCAGAUUGGGUGGAGAACAUCAUGAACAAAGCUGCUCUCAGUAAAGCUGACAGAGUUGCUGCCUGGCUGCAUGUGCUGGUACUGUUUUGAUGCUGCUUUCUUUCCUUCUCACAUAUGUGUAUGCAUGGUGAAAACACUCAUUGAAUAUCUUUCCCCAAAAUAAAGUAGUAUCUCUACCUA